AUAAAGCAAUCAGCCCAGACCGGAAGCCCGCUUACUACUUCCUUUUUCAUCUUUGUUGCAGGGCAAGACAUCAUGGGAGCCUACAAAUACAUGCAAGAACUCUGGCGCAAAAAGCAGAGCGAUGUGAUGCGCUUUCUGCUGCGCGUCCGUUGCUGGCAAUACCGUCAGCUGAGUGCUGUGCACCGUGCCCCUCGCCCAACUCGACCAGACAAGGCACGCCGACUUGGUUACAGAGCAAAACAAGGAUAUGUCAUCUACAGAGUGCGUGUUCGCCGUGGUGGCCGUAAACGUCCAGUGCCCAAAGGUUGCACUUAUGGUAAACCUGUAACCCAUGGUGUCAACCAGCUGAAAUUUGCACGCUCACUUCGAAGUGUUGCAGAGGAACGAGUCGGUCGUCGUUGUGGGGGUCUCCGAGUUCUAAAUUCAUAUUGGGUUUGUGAAGAUUCAACCUACAAGUUUUUUGAGGUAAUUCUUGUUGACCCCUUCCACAAGACCAUCCGCCGUGAUCCUCAAGCUAACUGGAUAUGCAAGCCAGUACACAAGCACCGUGAGAUGCGUGGCCUUACAUCGGCUGGGAAAUCUUCACGUGGUCUCGGCAAGGGUCACUUGUUCAACAAGACCAAGGGUGGCUCUCGGCGCGCCUACUGGAAGAAGCAAAAUUCCCUCAGUCUGCGUCGCAAACGUUAAUCUUUAUUUUAAUAAAAUACUGUUGGGCAAUUGGAA